ACAGAGGGCAGAGACAUUUACCCAGAGCAAACUUCUAUCACUCAUCGUGAUUUUCUGAAAUCUUGGGUGAAGUGUGAGCCCUAAAAGCAGUUAGCUCCAGCAAGAUCAGGAACACCAUGAAGCUGGCAUACCUUUUCCUUGGCCCCAUGGCCCUCUUCCUCCUGGCUGGCUGCAGCUUUGUCCUUAGCACGUCCAGUGGGAACCUGCUCACCUUUGUGGGCUGUGCUGUAAGGGAGUUUACUUUCCUGGCCAAAAAGCCUGGCUGCAGGGGCCUUCGGAUCACUACGGAUGCCUGCUGGGGCCGCUGUGAAACCUGGGAGAAGCCCAUUCUGGAACCCCCCUACAUUGAAGCCCAUCAUCGAGUGUGUACCUACAAUGAGACCAGACAAGUGACGGUCAAACUGCCCAAUUGUGCCCCUGGAGUGGACCCCUUCUACACCUACCCCGUGGCUGUCCGCUGUGACUGCGGGGCCUGCUCCACUGCCACCACGGAGUGUGAGACCAUCUGAAGCUGAUGUGGGCUACAGAACACAGCUGGGCGGCUUUGAGCUUCACGGACCCCCGUGCUUGGGCAGCGUAAGCAGCUAUACCCCCUGGAUUCAAGGAUUGUUUAAUUUUGACCACCUGUGGAGGACAUUCUGCGUCUCCCUUAGGUCCAACUCAGGCAUAAGGCCCAGAGGCAGCAUAAUGAUGCUAAAAAUGCAAAACAACAUUUGUGUUUUCACUAAAAUAAUUUCUCUAGUUCACACACUUGCAAGUUAAUUUAUGUUUGCCUUGAAUCUCAGAACAUACUUUGUAUAUACCACGAUCCAGCUCCAAUCUGGAUUUAUAAUAUGCCAAUAGUUUAAAUGCAGUGGAAGUCAUUAGGAAAUAGGUCUAGAAAGUCUUUAUGUUCCUUUCUUUUAUUUAACAAUUGGUCUUCAACUAGAUUUAUGAUCAAAGAGGCAGAUAUUAAUAAAGGCAAUGCUUCAUCCUCAACUCCCCAAAGAAAAUCCAAUUGCAAGCCUUUUUAGAGAAAAUACUCCCUUCUUCUUUUAACUGAGCACUUAUCUCAGAUUCAAAAGUGCUCAGAUUAAAAGGGGGAGGCAAUGGUAGCUCAAAUUGAAACAUGUUUGGUCUGGGUGAUUAUUUUCCCAAGAAAAAUUCUUGAUUUCCCCCUUAAUGAAGAUUCCCCUUUGUGAUAAAAAGCAAAAUAAAACAAAACAAAACUCAGAAGAAAAUGUGAACUAGAAUCAGGAUUCAAGUUUAAAAAUGUACAGAACUAAACUCUGGGUUUAGACUCAUGUGAUGCUCUCCCAAAGUGAUGGCCAAAAUGAGUAAUCACAAAUAUUCUUUCCCAUUUAGCAUAUUUCAAAUUUAAGCUGCAGUUCUUUAAAUCUGGAAAUUUUGCAUGUUUAUAGGUGUAAAGCUGCACUGUGGGCUCGGGGGAAAGUCUGUGA